GCGUAGCUUCAGUUUACAGAUAUCUCGAACCGAAAGACACAAUGCAGCGAACGGCGCUAAUUUUAAUUAUUUCGUUAAAUUUUAUCGUCGCGUAUAGUUCCGUUCUUGUGCCCGUAAAAAAUACUGAUACAUCGAUAAGAGAAAAACAAAUAGUGCCCGAAUCAAAGGGAAAUGGGAAAAAUGUAUUGCAAAAAACUUUUCUUUUCAACGGCAGUUACGUAUAUUUGGAGGAUGUGUUGUUUGUUUUGAAAAAUCAAAAUUGGACUGAGGAAGAACAACCGUGUUUGAAUAGAACUGUGUCGUUAUUGCGGAAUUUGCAAAAUUUCACUUUAUGGGCUGCGUGGAACUGGGACUCCAUAGCAUCAGAACCUCAAGGCUUACUCUACGGCAGUCGCUUCCAUCUCGGCAAUUACGAUGAAUGUAUGGACGCUCCGUGGUACAAAGAUCAUGAGGAGCUCAGAUCUCAGUAUUGCCUGGCAGAUAUCGUUCUGGAGAGAACGGAUAAAGGUGUUAAGAAACGCGAUCACGAUCCGUAUGAUCCUUAUCAAUCUGCUCUUAAUUUACUGGAGCAUCAAUCCUACUUUCUGCGUCCUUUAAACCGGCUCACAUGGGGUAUGUGUGUGCCUGAUAUCUGCGAAAAAGAAUCUGUAGUGCGUCUGAUGGGUAUACUCCUAGCCCAUAGCCAUUUGGGAGCUGCUGGUUUAAAGGCAAACGUUGCUGUCAACAGCUGUGACAAGGCCAACGAACCUGUGCAUUACGAUGGUCUAUUUUAUUCUUUUUUCUGUGUUUUUGGUGUAAUAAUAGCAGUCUGUGUGAUUAGCACCAUAUUAAACAAAAAAGAUAGUAAUUACAGAAAUAUAAUAACAAAAGCAUUUGACCUUAAUAAUAAUGCAAUGGAUCUAUUGAAAGUUAAGAAAGAAGGUAUUGAAGUGUUAUAUGGGAUACGAUUUUUCACAAUGGUCAUUAUUGUAGUUAGUCAUCAAUUUGGAAUAUCAAAUGGUGGCCCAAUCAGCAACGGUUACAGAGUGGAUGAGGAUAUAGUUUCUUUUAUCGGUAUGUUUAUACUGCACGAUGACGUCAUGGUGGACUCUUUCUUCUGGUUGUCUGGCUUUUUGACUGCCAACAUCAUAACGAAGGUGAAAGGACCCCUUAAUCUACCAGUCUUUUUCUUGAAGAGAUAUGUCAGGUUAGCAGUGGCAUAUGCAGUGACAAUAUUUUACGUUUGUUCCGUGUACCCGUACACCGGUUCUGGACCUCUCUGGAAGACGGCUGUGAGUCAGGACACAGAUCAGUGCAGAAAGAACUGGUGGGCUAGUCUACUUAUGAUCAGCAAUUACUUCGAUACCGAGAAUAUCUGUAUAGUAGUGAGCUGGUACAUUCCGUGUGAUUUUCAUUACUUCGUGAUAACUUUGCUGGCUUAUUGGCUGUACAAGAAAAACAAAUUGACUGGUCAAAUAGUCGCAGUUUUGUUAUCUAUUGCAGCCAUUAUAUCUCCUGGCGUCGUCAAUUAUUUGUAUAAUCUGCCUCCAAUACAACUCUUCACGUUUGAUUUCAUAUCCAACCCAAGAGGGCAAAAGCAGUUCCACCUGACAUACAUCAAGAGUCACACGAGGUUUGCCGCUUAUCUUAUCGGUUUCUUCAGCGGCUACAUUUUCGUGCGAUAUUACACUAUGAAAAACAAAAGAAUAUCGCAGAAAUGGUCGCUAAUAGGCAUGCUCAUUGGAAUCGCUCUGAUGAUAGCGGUAUUGUUUUCUGGACCACCCUACUUAUGGCGACAAUACACAGUGCUUGAAAGUGCAAUCUACGCAGCAUUAAAUCGACCAGUGUGGGCCUGUGGAAUUUCCUUCAUAAUCUUGAGCUGCGCGUUUGGAAAUGUUCCAUUGAUAAAAAGUUUCUUCUGCUGGCGCGCGUGGGUGCCUCUCAGCCGCUUGGCCUACGGACUGUAUUUGACCCACUCCAUUAUGAUCGCCAGAAACGUUUAUGUCACCAGGAAUAUGCAACAUAACGACUAUAUUACUAUGUUAACAAUGAGUGGAGGGGUGGUAGUGGGAGGAUUAAUUGCCUCAUUUCUCAUUUGGCUGCUAGUGGAAGCACCGAUCAACAACCUCGUCACUGCUUGGUUGGUGCCGAGCAGAAAAUCAUCACCAAUUGAAGACAAAAACGAACAAAAUAACGGCCAUCUCCAGGAAAAUCUACCGCCAGUUGUACAAAUCGAUUCAUCGAAAGUAUGAAAACAUCAGGAAUAAUACAAAUUAUAAUUCCUUGGUAUCACAAUUUUCAGUCUUCCAGACAUCAGUUAUGUCUAGAUAAUAAUAUAAGACUGCUUUUUCAUUUAUUGCAAAAUGAAAUGAGAGGUUUAUAUACCAUAAGUGUUCCUCCAUAUAAUAUAUUAUGCAAUGUGUAACAACAAACAAUCGAUUGCAUAUUUUAGUUUUUGUCUGAGCAAAGAUAUUUAUGAUCAAAAAAAUAAACAAUCUACUUCAAUAAUACUUAUAAAGGGCUACUGCAAUGAAUUAAUUCAAAAACCAUUUGUCCAAUAAAAUUUGGCCGUAAAAAUAGCACAAAAAAUUAUUAAGCCUACGAACCUACGGUAAAAAGUUUUAAAAGAUUUCUUCUGUCAGUCUGUAUGCAAUUAUUUAACUCGCUACAGUCCUAUCCAAAACUUUUCAAUGUUGUAUGUUCAGUUUUUACCUUUUCUUAUGUAUUGGUUGUUGAAAAUAAAUGUUUGUAAACUUUUAAUCCGCAUCUAUCCUUAGAUAAAAUUUUUUCAAUAUCGGUUAUUCCGUUAAUCUUAUCAUAUGGACAAAAUCCCACAUAAUAUAAUAUAACAUGAGAAUAUAAGUUAGUUAAGUUAAGAAUUUUAAUUUAUUGACAACAUUCGAGGUAUAAUUUAAGACUUUAAUUCGUAUUAAACUGUUGAAAUAAGUAA